UCGGGGUGUGGCCUGAGAUGACUGCAGUCUCACCGCAGGCAGAGAUACUGCCCAGGACGAAACAAUGAACAGUUGCGUCUAGGUUCAGCAGCAGCAGUCCUGACAUGAUGAGACUACCUGCCGCGACCCUCCUGUGGUCGCUACUGCAAGUGUCGGUGUGUAUUCAGGUGAAUGUUCCUCAGCAGGAGCGCAGCACAGCUCUGUUUGCCUCAGUGAUCCUCCGCUGCGACUAUUCCACCUCUGCAAACCCCCAAGAUGUUCUGGUCACGUGGAGGUACAAGUCCUUCUGCAAAGACCCUGUGCUAGAGUACUACUCCACAGCAUACCAGUCUGCACUACAGUUAGGUCAGGAUCCAGCGAAUGAUUGUCCAGAUCGCCAGCGAACGGUACGCACUGUGAUCCAGAAGAGAGGAAGCAGCGAGCCGAUACUGGGAACACAAUACCGCGAACGCAGGAUCACCAUCCAAAAUAGUGCAGACUUGGUGAUCAAUGAUGUGAUGUGGUGGGACAACGGGGUGUACUACUGUAAUGUCGAUGCUCCUGGAGAUACCAGUGGAGAUUCUGACAAAGAAAUCAAACUCAUCGUCUACCACUGGCUAACAGUGUUGUUCAUCAUCAUUGGAGCUCUCCUUCUGAUCAUGCUGUUCUGUAUCUGCUGCUGCCAGUGCUGCCCUCAGGCAUGCUGCUGCUAUGUCCGCUGCCCCUGCUGCCCACGGCAGUGCUGCUGUCCUGAAAAAGUGGUGAUGCAGCAUCGUAUGAUGAAGGAUGCUCAGAGGGCCAUGGCUCCCUGGAUGGGAGGACAGCCGGUAUAUGGACCAAUGAGCCACGCCUCCUCCCAGAUGAACCCACUACUUUACUCAGGAUCUAUGUCAGGGAAGAGCAUCCCUAUGAAGCCUAUGCCCCUCCCUCCUCCUCAGUCCUCAGCGUACAGCAUGCCCGCUCCCAGCGUCCAUGGCAACCACACCCCUGCCAACACCAAUCAGAUGCUUGACUACCUGGAGAGCCAGGUGAGGGGGAUGGACAUGACCAGUCCUCUGCUACAGUCCCAGCCACACAUGCAGCAGAUGCCGCCUCCUCCCCAGCACAUGCAGCAGAUGCCCCCUCCUCCCCAGCACAUGCAGCAUAUGCCACCUCCUCCCCAGCACAUGCAGCAGAUGCCACCUCCUCCCCAGCACAUGCCCGUCACAGUCCCGUUUUCCCCCGGCCCUCCCAGCAUGAUCUCUGCCCUUGAUGAUGGCCCAACAGAGCGCCGUGUCAUCACACUUCCACCACUAAGAGAGCAACAGCUGGGCAGAAUCCCACCCCCUGCGCCCAAGACUCGCCCCCCGAGCUCCAGCGAUAGCAGCCGCAGCGGCUUCGGCCGUCGUAACGAGCGAGGAGCAGCAGGUAGACGUUACCCGUCUCCCACCCGGUCCAGAGGUGUUCCCAGGAGCUACAGCCAGGAGUUACUGGACAGGCCGAGUGGCAGCAUGGUGCAAGGAGGCAUUGAUCGCCCCCGAUCACGUUCCAGGGACGAUCUGUUUGACAACAGGUCCAGAGCGAACUACUCUCCACCUGCAUCACGGCGAUCGAGAAGAGGGUCCUGGAGCUCCGAUGAUGAGGCCAGCAGUCGGAGAGGAGGAGGGGGAAGAGGAGGUGGAGGUUGGGGUGACAAACCUCCCAGCUACACAGAGUACGAGCCUGGACAUAAACCGGGUGCAAGGAGGAAUGAACGCUACUCUGACAAGAGUUCUCGCAGUGGCACCAGCGUCGUCAUCUGAACCCUCCAGCUGUGAAAGGCCCUGUGACCUCUGUUUCAGAGAACAAACACACCUCACUAGAACCGGAAGCUGUUAAUUUCCUUGUUGUCUGACUGCUGGUAAACUUUUAAAUACCACCAUUUUAUGUAUAAAAAUAAAUCAGGAGCUAACUCUUUUAUUACCCUUUGAUUAAGUGAAAAGCCGGCUCUUACCCAGUACAGAGGGAUUCAUGAAAUGUGAAAUUGAAAGAUUCAGAAAUGUGGAAUCAUCCCUCUUCUCAAAGUGUGCAGGUGGUGAAGUAAAUGUUUGAUGUCAGUAAGGAAACAACUGUGGUAGCUUAUAAAUGCUUUGUUUUUUUAGAUAUUCUUUACUUUUUUUGUGAUAAUACCGCCCUCUGCUGGUUAAUUUUUUAAAUUGAAAUAUUCUGGGUGAGAUUUGAAGUAGAAGCCUCCUUUUUGAAGUAACAGUUGAGUUCUGUAUUCGAUAAAGCUAUAAACACUUAGUGUAGAAGAAGUGACUCCCUCAGGGCCAGUAGCACCUUUUAAGUCUAAAACCAACAAAUUACAACUGUUGUUACAUUAGCCUGCAACUAUUUAAGCCCAUAAAAUAUGGAAAAAAUGCUUGUGAAUGCUGAAAUUAGCUUUUGGAUUUUUUCAUCAUUUUUGUAAAUAGUUAUUUUUAAUACCUCCUGGAUGUCUUGAAGUAACUAUAGUGUGUUUGUUUUUCUUAUUAUUUGAAGGAACGUCUGUGUACAAUUGCAACGACUAUUCUGUGUUCAGAUAAUGAUAAAGUACUUUUAAACAUUUGUAAAGUAUUUACACACAAUGCGUGCAUAUAACAGUAAAUAUGGUGUGUAAAUAAGUCAUUUACAUAAAGUUGACAUUGUCUUGUAGGAAUUGAAGAAAUGUCAAUAACUUUAGGCCACUUUUCCGGUGUACAUUGCAGAAAACCCACAAGUUUUUUUAUUUGUUGUUUUUAUUUGUUUUUAUCCCUUUUGCUUUUAUCAUUGUAAUUUUCAGAAACCCAUUUUACCUAUUCCUAUGUGGAGUUAUAGUUAAGUCUUCUCUGCCAUUCAUGUUUUUACAUGGUUAUGUAUUUUCUCCUUCUUUUUUAAAAACAUUGUACAGUACAUUCAGUUUGUGUUUGAUAAUAAACUUUGAAAUGGCAACUUUAUGCUGUUGUUAUUCCCAUUUGAACUUUUAAUGUUUUAAAGCCUCCCAAAACAAGUCAUUAUCAAACGAGUACAAGUUUGUAUUAUUUAACAGGCUUCAAGCCAUGACCUCAUGUUAAAAUAAAGCAAUGAUUUUUUUCAUUUAAAAAAACUGAAUUCUAUUUCACUAUUUAUAUUACUGCUGUGAAUGUGUUUAUCCAACAACAAUAAACA